GAUUCUAUAAUCAGCGAACGAGAUGCACGGAAGCAGCAAACUGAAUUUGACCCCGGCUUUGGCCUUCGCGCUGACUUUCUUGGGAUGCACCCGAGCCCAGGGCCAGGGUGACCUCUUCCGGUGCAAUGUGCAGUACAAGUGCUCGGAUGAGAAGGAGUUGGUCUGGGCCAUGGCCGACGAAAGGUGCCACGUGUUCCACAACAGGUGUCUGCUGAAGGUGGAGCAGUGCGCCCGGAAAAAUAGUGAUAAAUCGGAGUUGAUAGAAACAACCCGGGAAGUCUGCAAGCCACAUUGCACAAAGGUCUGCCCGGAUGUGUACGAUCCCGUGUGUGCGCAAAUCUUCCAGGAGGAGUAUAUAACCUUCAGCAACGAGUGCGAAAUGCGCAACUAUAUUUGCACUAACGAAAGGCCAUACUCCUUCUUUGCGAUUGGCGAAUGCAUAGAGCGACCGGUGGGUUAAGGACCUGUGAUGUUUUUUUUUAUAUUAUUAUUUUAUAGUGGAAACAGAAAAAUUAAUUUUUUUAAUAAAUAUAAUGUUUGCAAAUUAAAGACAAUUCUCACUCUUAGAGGUAGUUCUCAAUCAAAAUGUAUCAUAGUUAAAAGAAGUUAAGUAAAUUGAGUAACUGCCUACUAAAACUGAAA